CUCCGUCCGCCGUCUCCGCCGGAAAACCGCGCGACCCAUUUCCGGAGCCGCGAGCAAAGAUCCAUGGAAGACCCGAAGCCGGCUCCGGACCCGACAGCCCAAGCUCCUCCCGGGCAACCGCCUCUCCCGCCGCAGAGCAAGAAGAGGCCGCUGGACGCGGAUGCCUCCUCCUUUCAGAACUCCAAGUACUUCAAGAUGCGCGCCGUGCUGGGCGACCUCCGUCCCCAUUUCAUCGAGGUGCUUCGGACCCCAGAUUUUCGGAACUGCAAGGCAGCUGAAGAAAUCAGAAAACAGGUGAAGCUUCUGAUGGAUCUAUACACUCAGAUUACUGGAAAUAGUACUCCGGAAGUCCAGCCUUCCACAGCAGAGAACCGAAACAGUCAAAAGGCUCCAGAUUUCAAGUCGAAAGAGCACCCGGAGCAAAGAUCCUCGAAACCAUCUGACAACAAGCCUUUUCAAUCAGGGCCUGCAUCUGAGAAGCAGCGACCUGAUGAUGAUGGUAAACUCGUCGGGGCAUCUGCUUUUGGCUGGAAUUUCAUCACCUUCCCGGGCAAUGAACCGGUUUAUUAUGGCGUGACUAAGGAAUCAUUCCGAGCUGCUCAGGCGACUGUACAAGGAUCGUAACCGGAGCUCUCUCUUUCCCAUGUCAGGAGAUCAAAAGCAAUCGCUUAACGCCUCGAAGUAUCAUUGCCAAGGAGAUUUAUCUGGCGAUCAUUCUGUAUCUUAUGUAGUUGAUGUAUCUUCGUAAGGGUCAUUCAGAAUCCUACUUUAUGUUUUUGGCCCAAUGUGUUGGUUGAGCUAAUUCUAACAUUUUGUCCUCUAAAACAAGUUGACGAGUUCUACCUGCUUAAUGCUUAAAGUGGAAAUCGAGGUUCCUUAUGAUUUAAAA